AUGGACUACCUCGGCUACCACCCACCACAGCUUGCUUCUUCGCCAUCAUUGAUGAGCGCCGAUGUUCGAUCGCCCGUGGUGGGCGUGGUGAGGUCACGGAGCCUUUUCGAGAGCAUUGUGGUCACGCCUGAACAUUUCCUUCCUUCCUCUGCGUCAUCUUCGCCCUUCUCUGCUUCGGCUACUUUUUCGACCUCGGAUCAAUCGAAUGGGUCGCAGGAGCACGGUUUCAUGUCGAGCGCCAUGUCUACAUCUACGACAGAUCUGAUGGAAUUUUGCUCCCCCUCAAAGAAGCAUCGCCCCGACGCUGGGCAUCAGAACAAGACGACGCUCCAUCAGAAGCGCAAAUGGGAUUCCGUAGACGAUGAUGAGGAGGAGGAGGAAGUGGGCGAGGAGGAGGAGCUCAACGACUCAUCGGACGAUGAAGAUGAAGCGCAUCCUGAUCUUCGACAGCAGCAUCGACCGCGCGAGGAGCGCAGCUCGACCGUUAUCGUUUCCUUCCCUGCCUCGCACGAGAUGGACAAGUCGACCAAGCACCAGAGAGUGGUCCAGAAGAAGCCUGACGCAAGGGACAUCCCGCGAGCGCGACACAUCAUCUUGCGCUUUUGCGACUCACAACAAUCGGUGGAGGCUAAGAUCGUGUGCAAGGAGCCGUGGGGCGUUCGCGUGGAGGUGCUCGAGGAGCGGCCCGAUCUCAGCCUGUCGAUUGGAACGCGCUACUGGGCUCGGUUCACCGGCACCGUAAGCCUCAUCACCAACAUCCCCGUCCUGGAGGCCAUGCAUCCAUGCUAG